AUUCUUGCGCGGGCCGUCGAGUGGAAAAGAAGAAAAAUAAUCGUUCGUUCCGACUGUGCUGGGGUGGCGAAAUCGAAGUUCCUUCUCGUUGGUGAACCCGGGCGAUCGCGAGUGAUGUGCUUCGUGGGAAGUUUUGGGAAUGCCUAGUAAUGCUGAGCCUCGAGAAUACUAGUGUGUGAAAAACCGAAUGAGCUUUGAAUGAGCUGGAAUAUUGCUGAUAGUAUCCUGUGAUAUAGUUUGAUUGUUAUUUUGCAUGCCGCAAUCCUAGAUCUAAAUGGAGAUAAAGCUAAUCGAACGAAGCAAAAAACAAACCGAAUAGAGUUCUUUGAAUACUGGAAUACAACUUAGGAAUAAUCGUCAAAUAUGAAGACAAAAAUAUUCAUCCACAUCAUUCUGCUGGUGUCACUGGUCAGGGCGGCUUCCAAAUAUUACGAUGGCCCCAUCCGACCGUACGAGUUCGGAUUCAACAUCGAAGGACAUCAACAUCGGAAAGAAUCAAAAGAUAAAAACGGCAUCGUCAUGGGAGAAUUCGGUUUUAUCACGGCUGACAAUGUGUACCAUGUGACGGUCUACGCCACCGAUGAGAACGGUAACUUCAAAAUUGUCAGCAUGAAAAACUACAAACUGGGACCGACAGCUCCGCCAACAACCACCAGUGCCCCAACGACAACGCCGAGUACCACAACGACAACAUCGACCACCCCACAGCCGUUUAGAAUCAUCACCACUGCCAAACCACUAACGAGUCCCAAACCAAAUGGCUAUGCAGCAUGCUCUGGUUGCAUAAUACCAGAAACGACAACCAGAUCCAACCCCACGACAGAACUAGCACUGCCUGAAACUAGCACCUUGUAUGUUCCUCCGUUCAAAAUAGUGAACAAAAACGAAAUCGAAAAUCCUGCUGCCACUGGAAAACCAAUCACUACCACCAUUCAACCCACGUCCAACGCCAACGAAAAAUCCUCCCCAGAGGAUACACCGCAAAAACUCGUCGAUAAGAAAACUGCCUCGAAAGCUCCGAGCUCGAAAGAGUCGACAAACGCGUCCCCAUCCCCCGAAGCUAUGCAAACUCCUAACAAACAGCCGUCAUCUCAAUCACUCGACCCACCACCCACCAGCGGUGGUGUUGCUGCGAGACCCGAUCAACCUUCUAACUCAAAACCAACUAAACAAGCUUCGCCGCCAAGUGGGGGAUCGACCGCCACCUCAGCAGGAAAGUUCGAUCACUUCAACACCGCCAACAUGAUGAUCCAACACAUUCUCAACGGACUACUGUACCGGUUUAACUACACCGUCGGUUACCACGGCCAUCACGAGCAAGGUGAUCGCCAAGGGAACAAGGAAGGUGGAUACUACGCCGUUGGGCGAGAUGGCAUCCGGCGCGGUGUCACCUACAAAGCCAACGAAUUUGGAUUCCAGCCGCAUAUCAAGUUCGAGAAAGUUAGCCCGGAGGAAACGCCCCGAGAGGACACGGAGAAGCAAGCCGGGCUUAAGGGGUUCGACUUCAAAUGGUUCUGGGGGGAAUCAUGAGUUGGCGUGUGAGACUGGUUCACGAUAUAGCUUUCGUAGAGCAGUUCAAAUUAGGUGAUAUUUUUGUAUGAGUUAAGAUGUAAGAUUCGCUGGAAAAGAAUAAUACUCAGAGUCUCGUUUCGACUUGUAAAUAAUUCUAUUUAUAGCGCAUGUUCGAUAUUAUAGUCUAAAUUUUGUGAAAUAAAGAUAUGUACAUUGCA